AUGUCUAACAACACAGCAGUGCUAGUGACUUCGGCCGCUGGCUUAGGAGCCGUCGCGCUGCUAUCCGUCCCUGCCGUUCUGAAUCUUGGCAGUCUCCGUAACCGUGGUCCAAAACUCACAAUCGAGGGUUAUGAAGAUAAGGAUGGGAAGAGCACACCGGAGGCCGUCAAAGCCUUCAGUAACAAGCUUUCCAAAUCUGUCUUGCUUUUCUUUUCAGUAGCUGGUCUCGGCGUGUCGCUUGCGCUUGCUAUUAUUUCGACGUUAGAUGCCCGAGGCAUACAAGAAGGCGUCUUGUUCCUGGAAAACUGGUUGGAUGUAAUGAUCUGGGCUUUCUUAUCCUUACAAGCUAUUUCUGUUGCCUCUACCCAAAACCCGGUAGUCGCUUAUGACCUCGGCAUCUGGUCUUUCCUUUCGUGCAUUGCCCUGGUUGCCGUUCUCGCAACCCAGGACGACAACGUAGCCGUAUUCUUACUUAAGCAGAAUGCUGCAGGUAUUUUCUCCAUUCGGGUAGUGGAAUUAGUUGCUGCCGUUUGUCUAGCCCUCGCUAGUUUAUCGAUACCUAGGCGACCUGAAGUAUUUCACAACGGCCAGCCCGUCGAUGGGCUGUAUACCGGGUCGGCAUGGAGUCGUUACAACUGGAGUUGGCCAGCUUACAUACUCAGCAAGGCUUCCCAGAAGAACAAUCUCGAUUUGGAAGACCUCCCUAGGCCUGACCAUUACACGAGAGCCAAAGAAACGAGUGCUGAUUGGGAAAGCCGCGGCUUCACCGGCCCGCUUUGGAUCUCUAUAAUAGCUUCCCACAAGUGGGAGUUCGCUCUCCAAUGGAUACUGACUGUUGUGACUGCCUUUUUGAACUUAGCACCUCAGUGGGCUGUCUUGCAAUUACUUCACCUCUUAGAGCGACGACAAAACCACGAGCCCCUUGGAUAUGAGGCUUGGGUCUGGGUCAUAUUGAUCGCCGUGACCAGUCUUGUUCUGUCGUGGGUUGAAGCCUACUCAUUCUGGUUAUCAUGGGCGCAUAUCUCCAUCCCCAUCCGCGCCCAGCUAUCGGCGCUCAUCUUCGAGAAAUCUAUGAGGCGUAAAGAUGUCAAAGAAGCAAGCAAAAAGAAAACUGCUUCAUCUGAGUCAACGGAACCAAAUUUUGCUGGACCGAUAGGAGAAACAUCCGCCGCCAACAGACCGGAUAUUGAGGAGGUCGAGGGGGAGGAUCUAGCCGAGCAAAUUAAGAAGAGCAAGCAGAGUACUGUCAACCUCAUAGGUGUUGAUGCGAAGCGAUUGUCGGAUUUUGCUGCAUUCAAUAACUUCUUUAUCGGAAGUGUUUGUAGGUUGAUUGUGUCACUGCUCUUCUUAAUAGACCUCCUCGGGUGGAAGUCUCUUCUUGCGGGCUUUUCGACGAUGGUGGCUGUUACUCCCAUAAAUAUUUACUUCUCGAAGCGGUACUCUGAUGCGCAAGACCGCCUAAUGAAAGUCAGGGACGAAAAGAUGGAAGUGGUUUCUGAAGCUCUUCAGGGGAUUCGUCAGAUUAAAUUCUCCGCCCUCGAACCACAGUGGGAAGAAAAGAUUGGCAGCGUCCGAGAGCGUGAACUAGGAUGCGUCUGGAGUGCCUUCAUCAACGAUGUUAUGCUCAUCGGAUGCUGGAUUACUAGUCCGAUUAUGCUAGCUGCCGUCUCCCUCGCCGUUUACGCGUCUUUACACGGCACGCUUUCUCCUUCUGUCGCCUUCGUCAGUCUCGGUGUUUUUAAAGCGCUCGAAGUCACCCUAUCUGUAGUUCCCGAGUUGACAACUGACCUUCUUGACGCUUGGGUUUCUGUGAAGCGGGUGGAUGCCUACCUAAAAGGAGCGGAGAUUUCGAAAAUUACCAAGGAGGCGGAUGAAGUCACGUUCGACAACGCAUCCAUCGCUUGGCCUUCGGAUAGCCAGGAAGAGGAUCCCGAUCGAUUUGUUUUGCGCAAGGUCCAAAUUACAUUCCCAAAGGGUGAACUAUCAAUUAUAUCGGGAAAGACAGGAAGUGGGAAAAGCUUGAUGCUAGCAGCUAUUUUGGGUGAAGUAGACAUAUUGGACGGGUCCGUCAGCGUGCCUCGAGCACCAUCUCAACGAUAUGACAGUAAAGCGAAUCGGGAUAAUUGGAUCAUCCCCGGUGCCAUAGCCUUCGUUGCGCAAAUACCAUGGAUCGAAAAUGCAACCGUCAAGGAAAACAUCUUAUUUGGGCUGCCGUUCGACGCGUAUCGAUACAAUAAAACCAUCGAGGUCUGCGCGCUGACGAAGGAUAUGGAGAUAUUCAGCGAUGGAGAGAACACGGAAAUCGGUGCCAACGGCAUUAAUCUAAGUGGUGGACAAAAAUGGCGAAUCACACUUGCACGCGCCAUCUAUUCCCGUGCGGGCAUCCUCAUUCUUGAUGACAUUUUUAGCGCUGUUGAUGCUCAUGUUGGCCGUCACAUAUUCGAACAGUGCCUCACUGGGGAACUUGGCGUUGGGCGAACUCGCAUCUUAGUGACACAUCACGUUGCCUUGUGUGAGCCAAAAACCAAGUAUCUGGUAGAGCUAGGAGACGGUUGUGUAUUGCACGCUGGAUUAGUCUCCGAGCUAGAAGAAACUGGCACCCUGGAACAGAUUAAAAGCCACGAGCUCGUGGACCAGCAUAUUCAUGACGAAGAAGGAUCUACAGCUAUCAAUUCCGAAGAGGCAUCCCAGCUUGAUACUGAGCCCGAUGGAGAACCUCUUGCAAAAGUAUCCUCCAAGGCGCAAAGGCGCAAGUUCGUCGAGGACGAGGGGCGUGAGCAAGGAGCUGUCAAGGCAAAAGUCUAUGCGGUAUAUCUGAAGUAUAGUGGCUCGUGGUGGUUCUGGUCUACUGUCCUCUUCCUCUUCCUUUUCGUGCAAGCUUUAACCCUAGGACGUUCGUGGUGGUUACGAAUAUGGACGGGAUCGUAUGACGAACAACGGCAACAAGAGAUGGGAACCCAAAUGACGAAACAUCCUUACUCGUUUGCAUUUACCGUACAACAAAUUACAGUGGACAGCAUGGUUCAGCCGACGGCUGCGUCGAACAACAACCUAGUCUUUUACCUCAGCAUCUACGUAUUCCUCUCGGUAUUCGCCUCAGUCGUCUCGACGUUUCGCUAUUAUUAUAUAUUCCUUGGCUCGAUACGUGCCUCUAGAGAACUAUUCGCUAAACUCAACUUCGUCGUACUUCGAGCACCACUUCGAUGGCUUGAUACGGUUCCUCUGGGCAGAAUCUUAAACCGGUUUACAGCUGAUUUCCACUCCGUUGAUACCCAUAUGGCAUAUUCGUUAGCAUUCGCUGCGAGUGCAUUCCUAAACCUUGUGGGGGUCGUAGUCGCUGGUUUGUUCGUCUCGCCCUACACAAUCAUUUUGGCACUGUUCCUUCUCCUUGUCUGCGCAUUCUACGCAAUCCGCUACCUGGACGGCGCAAGGCCGGUGAAACGUCUUGAGUCGGUUACCAAGUCCCCGGUAUUCGAGCAGUUCGGGUCUGCCUUGACCGGUGUCCAGACGAUCAGAUCUUUCGACAAGAGCAGUACCUACAUCGAGCGCAUGUAUACGAAACUAGACGACUGGACCGUGGCGACUUGGCACCUUUGGCUCUUCAUCCGCUGGAUGGGUUGGCGAAUGGCCGUAGUGGGAAGCUUCUUCGCCUCCUUUGUUGCUAUUCUCAUUCUCAUUGCCCCAAACAUCGAUGCGUCCCUUGCCGGAUUUGGAUUGGCAUUUGCUCUCGAGUUUUCUGGUCAUGUCAUGUGGACGAUUCGCCAUUAUGCAAACGUGGAGCUAGAGAUGAAUGCGGCGGAGCGGAUCGUCGAGUACACAGAAUUGUCAACGGAGAGUUUAGAAGGGAAGAGUCCGCCAGCAGCCUGGCCAACAGAAGGUCGUGUCGAAGUAAAUGAUCUCGUCGUAAGCUAUGCCGAGGACCUACCACCCAUUCUCAAAGGUCUUACUUUUACCAUCCAACGAAACGAGCGUGUUGGUGUAGUCGGACGCACCGGUGCGGGCAAGUCAUCCCUCACACUGGCAUUCUUCCGCUUCCUCGAGGCCCGGUCAGGGAGCAUCUUUAUCGAUGGGUUAGACAUCUCUAAGAUUAAGCUGCAUGACUUACGUAGCCGGCUAGCCAUCAUACCACAGGACCCAGUUCUAUUCAGCGGUACCGUGCGCUCAAACAUCGACCCCUUCGACAAUCACACCGACGCCGAACUUUUCGACUCACUCGCGCGUGUGCAUCUCAUCUCCGAAGCCGAGCACGAAAUCGCGACAACCAAAGUUCAUAGCGCCUUUCCGAGCACGCCUGCCUCCGCUACAGGCGCAUCCACCCCGUCCUCCACCACCGGCAGCACGAAGAAGAACACCAACAUAUUCCGCAACCUCCUCUCUCCCAUAUCCGAAGGCGGACUCAACCUGUCCCAAGGACAGCGGCAAUUGCUGUGUCUGGCGCGAGCCAUCGUUUCCCGGCCCAAGGUAAUGGUGCUGGACGAGGCCACGAGCGCCGUGGACAUGAAGACAGACGCGCUGAUCCAGCGCAGCAUCCGCGAGGAGUUCGGCGACAGCACGCUCAUCGUCAUUGCGCACCGCCUCAGCACCAUCGCCGACUUCGACCGCAUCCUCGUGCUCAGCGACGGGAAAGUGGCCGAAUACGGGUCGCCCCGCGAGCUGUGGGAGUUGAAGAAGAACGAGGCUGGAGGCGAGGGUGGCGAGGAGAUGGGCAUGUUCCGCGCCAUGUGCGAGCAGAGUGGCGAGAAGGAGCACUUGAGGAAGAUUGUGUACGGGGAGGAUUGA